AUGGGCUCCAACCGUCCUUUUGGAUCAUCAGCUCUUCGGCUGUUCUUCUCGUGUCUACUGGGCGUGCUGCCGUUACGUGCCAACCCAGAGUCCGGGGCGUCGUUCUUCGGAGAUGGCUUCGUGGAGAUGCCCUUGGUGAAAGCGUACCCCACCGUCCAACUCCACGUGCAGUUCUACACCAGCCAGCGGAGUGGGCUCCUAUUCUUAGCAGCAGGGCAGACGGACUAUCUCCUGCUGGAACUCCGCGGGGGCAUGUUACAGGCAAGACUGGACUUAGGUUCAGAGGAACUGACGGUCAAGUCCCCAGCAGGGCCUCAACUCAAUAACCUCGUGAUCCAUGAUGCUGAUCUCUUGGUGGCAAACGGGCGGAUGUCCUUGACUGUGGAUGGCCUUUUCAAUGCUUCCGUGGUGCUCCCUGCUCCUCCGCAUCAACUGGAUAUCGAUUACGGCCUCUACGUGGGAGGGACGGGGAGUCUGGACCUGUCAUACCUCACCGGAGCAAGUUUGCCCUUCAGGGGCUGCCUCCACGCUGUGACGUUCAAUGACCACGAUGUCCUCUCUGCCCUGGCAUCCAGAUCCAGUGCCAAGAGAGUCCACGGUGUCCGAGAGGGAUGCAGCGAAGAAUUCUCUGCUGGGUCAGAUGACCCCUUGGGCUUUUUGGGACCAAAUUCUUAUAUUGCAUUCCCUGGUUGGAGCGCAAGAGCAGAAGGGACCAUUGAGUUUGUAAUAACCACCAGUGUGAAGCAAGCACCCCUGAUUUACCAAUCGGGGCUACAGAACGACUUCUUCUAUCUGGAAAUCUUUGACGGGCGCCUGAGGGGAGUGGUGGAGAAAGGGAACGGGCCCGUUGUUCUGCACAACAACAUCUACCUCAGCAACGAACAGGAACACUAUGUCAAGGUCCAUGUGGACGUCCGCCGGUUUGAAAUUCUCGUGGACUACUACGCCUCACAGACCUCCAACAAGGGCAUCAACAGCUACCUCGAUCUCCAAGGGCCACUGUUUGUCGGCGGCCUGAACGAGAAGGCCGCCAACCGGUUGAGGGAGCGUCGGUUGGCUUUUGCCUCAGGAAACAACUUCUCCAACAGCUCCUUUGUGGGAUGCAUGGAAGAUCUGAGGAUAAACCUGGAGAAGAGGAGCCUGCGCGAUGCUCUUGUCACUCGGGGCAUGACAGCCGGCUGCGGGACACUGGAUCAGUUUGCAGACUAUGAUGAUUCAUAUGAGCAGGAUGAAGCUCCCACAAGCCCUCCUCCAGAUUAUUGGCAGGGCCCGGUUGUGGAACCCUGUCGCCCAGACCCCAACCUCCCUCCGGUCUUUGCUAACUUCACCAAACUGUUGCAUGUCAGCCCACUGGUUGUUGCCGAAGGAGGCACCGCUUUCCUGGAGUGGCGCCACACCCAGCCGACCAUCGACCUCGGCAGCGCUAAUAUCAGGCAGUCCCAGGUUCUCUUCAAAGUCACCUCAGAUCCACGGCAUGGCCAGCUUGAGCUGGACAUCUUCAGUGUGAGGAACAGAAGGAAGUUUACUCUACUGGACAUCGUGAAUCGGAAAGUCAAGUAUGUCCACGACGGCUCUGAAGGGCCUAUGGACCAGGUGUUGCUAGAGGUAACCGUCACCUCUAGGAGAGGGAUUCCAGAGUGUUUAUGGCAAGGCCAGAUAUAUCUGCUUCCUAUAAAGAUAAACCCAACCAAUGAUGCCCCUGAAGUUGUCUUUCCACACGGAGACCUCAUGGUCAUUCUGGAACACACCAGCAAGGUCCUCAACUCAGAUAUCAUCCAAGCUCUCGAUGAUGACACCCCUUGUGAUAGCUUGCGGUUCCAGCUGCUUGGAGGGAAAAGAAUGGAAGAAGGCUACGUGGAGUAUGACUUCAAUCCUGGAGUCCCAAUUGAGGAAUUCUCCUGCAGAGAUUUGGAAGCGGGCCAUGUGGUAUACGUCCACCAAAGUGGGCCUACAUCACCACUUAUUUUCCAAGUCAAUGACGGCAUGGUCAUGAGUCCGGUAGCUACCUUGAGGGUGGUUGCUAUGGAGCCCGACAUCCAAGUACGCAACAACACAGGCCUCUUUGUCUCACAAGGGGGGGUCGUUCCAAUCACUACAGCCAACCUCUCUGUGGAAACCAAUGCAGUCCAACAAAAAGUGCCCAUCCUGUAUCGAUUGACUGCACCCCUCCAGUACGGCGAGAUCCAAAAGCAAGGGACAGUGGGUGGGGAAUGGAAGAAAGUCGACUCGUUCCAUCAGCAAGAGGUUGAGCAAGGGCGCAUCCAGUAUUUCAGCACAGACGCUGAGCACCUUGUAGAAGAUGUGAUUGAGAAGGUACAUUUUGUGGUCCAAGUGGGUCAGAAGACCCUGAGGAACAACACGUUCCUCAUCAGGAUCAAGAGGGCCACCAUCAGGAUGAAGACAAUGGUCCCACUCCAGAUGAAGAAUGAGAAGCAGAAAAACAUCACUACUGCCGAACUGGAGGCAGUUUUAGAUGAGGCAGGUUCCAGCCCAGCGUUUUUCCACUACCUGAUAGUUCAAUCGCCCAAAAAGGGGAACCUUGAACUCCAGGACAGUCGGCUGACAGAGGGCUUUGGUUUUACGCAAGAGGAUUUGCAAAACCGUCAUCUGAGCUACACUGCAACCAUCCGAGACUCAAGGGAGAGCGAAGACUUCUUCCAGUUCCGUGUCAUGGCAGAGGAACACUACUCACCUGUAUACACUUACACAAUACAUAUCGGGGGAGAUCCAGAUGCACCUACACUGACCAAUGUCCUUUUGUCUGUUUUAGAGGGAGGACAAGCUGUAAUUUCCAAGGACCAUUUGUUUGUCAAGACUGCGAACAGUAUGGAUUAUAUGUAUGAAGUGAUAGAAGGUCCAACCCAUGGGAGGCUGAUCUGGAGAACUUCCGGGAAUUGGCCAUCCGUCAAAGAGUCAGUAACAAAGUUCACCAACGAGGACAUCCUCCAAGGCCGUCUCGUAUACCAGCAUGAUGAUUCUGAGACCUUGGAGGACGACAUCCCCUUUGUGGCCAUCAGACAAGAUGAGGGGAGCUUGGAUUUGGAUGCCGAGGAAGUGAGGGAUGUUUUCAGAGUUUCCAUUCAGCCCGUGAAUGACCACAUGCCAGUCCAGGUGGUGAACAAAGUCUUUAACGUGGUGCGCCAUGGACAGCGCCUGUUGACCACUGAUGACUUUGCCUUUGUUGACCAGGACUCAGGCUUCUCGGACAUGCAACUGGUGUUGGUGAGGAAGGACAUUCUCUUUGGCAGCAUAAUUGCCGUAGACAACAGAAGCCUCCAGGUAUAUCGUUUCACUCAGGAUGACCUGAGGAAGAAGAAAAUCCUUUUUGUCCAUUCAGGGGCUGACCGAGGCUGGAUCCAGUUCCAGGUCUCUGAUGGCCUCCACCAGACUGCCACGCUUCUCGAAGUGCAGGCCUCCGACCCUUAUCUCAAAAUCAAGAACCACACCAGCUUAGUCAUCCACCAAGGUGGCCAAGGGACCAUUGACUCUUCCAUCCUCAGCUUGGAAACCAACAUGGACAUCAGGAACGAUGAAGACAUCCUCUUUCGCAUUAUAGGCCCGCCCGAAGGGGGAGUGGUUCUUCGUGGAGGUCAGGAGGUGUCAUCCUUCACUCAGAAAGACCUGCUGUCAGGAGAAGUGGUUUACCAGCACAAUGGGAGCAAAAACUCCCAGGAUAGGAUCCAUUUCGCUGUGGAAGUGAAUCAGGUGGUUGUGGAAGACACACUGAAUAUCGCAGUGUCCCUAGGGUCCCACCCUAGCCCGCUCAACUUUGUUCAUCAUGAGAGGAUCCACAUUCUUCAAGGAGAAGCCGUGGAGAUCAAGAAUGACUACUUGCUGGUUCAACAUGAAGAUGUCCCUCCCCAGGAAAUAGUUUACACAGUCACCAUCCCUCCUCUGUCGGGGUUCCUAGUGGCCCUGUCUCAGGGUCCAACUUCUGAAGAACCUCCAAAUUUAGACCCCAUUCAGUCCUUUACCCAAGAAGACAUCAACGAAGGCAAAGUCUUGUAUCUCCAUUCCAACCCGGAGAUACAGAGUGACCAGUUCACCGUUGACAUCACGGCCAAUGGGGUGGAUACCCUGGAGGGAGUCGUGGUGUCCCUGGAGAUCCUCCCGAUUUCGAUUCCUCUGGACGUUCACAACAUCACUGUCGUAGAAGGGAGCACCAAACCCAUCUCCAUGGACGUCCUCAACAUUCCCAGCACGUACUUCUCUGCUCUCAACGUAGAGUUCGUGGUUCUUAAAGGUCCGGAGCAUGGGAUUCUCCAGAAUACAGAAAGACCCGAAGAGGGCAACCUGCGAGUAUUCUCCUGGUUUGAGGUAGAGCAGCAGCUGAUUCAGUACGUGCACGAUGGCAGCGAAUCCUUCACAGAUGGGUUCACAGUGGUGGCCAACGUCUCCGAGGUCAACCAGCAGAGCCAACCAAGGACAGUCUCCAUCGAAGUGAUUCCAAGCAAUGACGAGGCACCGGUGGUGUUGGUCAACAGAGGACUCCAGAUGCUCGAAGGCAGCACAGCCGAAAUUACUACGGAGCUGCUCCGAAGCGAAGACGAAGACACGCCUCCGGAGGAAGUGGUCUAUUCCAUCAGGACUCCGGUCAACGGGAAAGUCGUGCUGAAGUCGUCACCCCAAAAUACAGCCCUGCGGUUCUCUCAGGCCCAGAUCAACAGCCGGCUUGUUCAGUUCAUCCACGAAGGAACUCUGGAAGGAGGGUUUUCUUUCGAUGUAUCUGACGGAGAGAACAUGUCCCCCGGACACUUCUUUUCAGUGAACGCCCGUAAGAAGCCAACCAUCACUUUAGAAAACAAGCAAGAUUUAACCGUUUGUCCUGGCUCUGCGCAGCCAAUCACAAGCCAGAACUUGAAAGCAGCAGCCAACGAUGAGGCAGAGACUCAGUCCAUUGUCUACAUCAUCGAACAGCCCCCGAAGUUCGGCUGGUUGCUGAAUGGCCAGAAGGGUGGCAACAGAGGGAGCCUGACGAAUUUCACCCAGGAGGAGGUGGAUAGCAGAGAGAUCUUCUAUCAGCACGAAAUCCCAGACCAACCUUUCUGGAGUCUCAAAGAUGCCCUUCACUUCCGAAUUUCAUCUCCAUACACAACCACGGACCCCUACGUCCUCGGACUGUCAGUCUCCUUCGAAACCACCUGUCCCCAACGCACCACUCAACUGUGGAGAGACAAAGGUCUCACAGUUCCAGAGGCCCAAAGUGCAGUCAUUGACACCUCUGUGUUGGAUGCUUCUAACCUCCUUGCCAAAGUUCCCGAGUCCAAGAGAGCGGCGUACGAUGUGAUAUUCCUCGUUACGGAACUACCCAUUCAUGGGAGCUUGUCUCUGCCCGAUGGGCCGGUCAAUCGAAAGCAUCCCUAUUUCCUGCAAUCCGACCUGACGGAUGGUGGUUUGGAGUAUGCUCACCACGGAUCUAGUACCCUCGACGACCAUUUCAAAUUUAAUGCUUGGCUCCGGCAUAUUGCUGUGGAAUCCCUUCAGCCUCCACGAAAAGGAGAAGAACUCAUCAUUUCCGGAACAUUCAAUGUCACAGUCAGUGAUAGCAACGAGAUGCCCCCACAGAUGGUCAGCCAAGGAGUCGUGCUUCAGGUACUCCAGAAUUCUCCCAUGAUGCUCUCUCAAGAACACUUGAAUGCCAUGGAUCCUGACAGCUCCCCGGAUGAAAUCAAGUAUGAGAUCCUUCCUGGGUCUUCUGGGGGCUUUGUGGCAAACGUACACAAUAAGCAAGUACCUCUAACCCAGUUUACCCAAGCAGAUAUCAAUGACGGGCAGUUAAUGUUCGUUGCCAAUGGGUCUAACUCUCCUGGGACUUUAAACCUUUCCAUCUCUGAUGGACACAAUCCAUCCAUCUUCACCUCUCUGGAAGUCAUGAUCCUUCCAGCGACCACAUGGGCAACCAACCAAACACCCUUGGAAAUCACCCAAGAGGCGAAUAUGGCUUCCUUAACCCAAGAUCACCUUUUAGGGGCUUCAGGACAAGGAGAGCCAAACACGUUCUAUAGACUUAUCCGGGAUCCGCAGUUUGGCCAAGUCAGAGUCAAUCAAAACCCAGCUAGAGAGUUUUCACAUAAGCAGGUGGACAAUGGGGAAGUGACUUUCACAUUCACAGAUUUCACUUCCCCCAAAGAUGAGUUCCAAUUCAUCGCAACAUCAGGAGGGGUCAAUAUAUCAGGAACGGUGAAUGUAACAGUCCGGGCCUUGGUCAAAACUCAAGAGGACAUCGUUUGGCCCAGAGGAACUACCAUUGUCCUUGACACCAGCAUCCUUGACGCGAGCGAGUUGGCCAACAAGACAAAGAGCAUUCCAGUUUUCAAGAUCCUUCGAGCACCGCAAGAUAGUCAUUUUGUGAAAGUCCCAAGAGACAAAGGGGAUCAUCCCAUCUCCAUCGAUGCCUUCAACCAGCAUGACCUCGAGACAGGGUUGGUGGCGUUAGAAAUCUGGGACACAGAAGACUCAGGGACAAAUCUGCAGCAGGACGGCUUCCAAUUUGAGUUAGUGGCCGAGGGAGUGCCCCCCGCUUUGGAGUCCAUGACAUACACCACAGAAGCUUUCAAUGCCUCAGCAACAUAUGGGGUAACGCUACUCCACGUGCCCGAUCUUCAAGACAAUAGCCCCAGCUCGACCACCCAGAGCAUCACACCUUCCCAGACGCUUACAAGCUGGCCACAAGGGUCAGAGACCCCUGGGCAUAGUUCCAGCAAGCCACCCGCACUUCUGACCACACGAGCGAGCCACGGAGCGACAACCAGUGCUUCUCCAACAGAACGAGGCAGACUUCUCAGCUUCAUCGAAGCCAAUAUGUUCAGCAUUAUCCUACCCAUUUGCCUCAUCCUCUUGCUUCUGGCCCUGAUCUUGCCCUUGCUGUUCUACCUACACAAGCGUAAUAAGACCGGCAAGCACAACGUCCAGGGGACUCCCCCUAAAUACAAAAACGGAACUGUGGGGGACCAGGAGACCUUCCGCAAGAUGGACCCUAACCAAGGCACUCCUUUGGUGACUGUCAACACGCUGGAAGCCAAAGGGCCCGUCUCUAAAGGACCAGGAGGGCAGCAGGAUCCAGAACUGCUCCAGUACUGUAGGACAUCCAACCCAGCUUUAAAAAACAGUCAGUACUGGGUCUGAGUGUUAGAGCCAGGGACUCAAAACGACUGUCUUCAAAUGGAGAAACGUAGUCUCGUGGACAUUCUAAGGGUCUUCUCACCUCCGUCUUCUUUCCCCUCACCCUUCUCUUUGCCAAAAUACAUAAGACAGUCCCUUGGAUACAAGCAAGUCCCUGCAAGGGUAUGGUUCUUUCUGGGUUAUCUUGUCUCGGUUUCCUCAAAGAGUUUGGUUCAUCAGCAGGGAAAUAGUCUGUAAUGAAGCAAACGAGAUUCAAACAGGGCUCUGCAGCUGUGGGUGUGAUUUCGAGGGAGUUGCAGAAGGUGGUGUGCUUCCUCAAAAUCUCAGCUUUCCUUUGUUUAAAACAAGUGUGAGAGAGCACUUCUAGUCCUUCUGACUGCAGGGAAUGGCAAGGAAGCAGAUAAAAGAUUCAGAAUCUUAGAACCCGUAGAGGAACCAAAUUAAUAUUUCCAGUGGUUGGGGCAGAGGGGGGGUACCUUGGUGACUUGGAAAGAUUCCCCCCUAUAACUAGCAAAGCUGGAAUAAUCGUUGUGAGACAUUCGAAGUGGCAAAAUAAAAUGGGUUGACGCAAGA